AGCUAAGAAUAAUAAUAAUAGAAUGAUUAGAAGUUCCAAGAUAACAAUUAAAUGUCUAAGAAUUUACAACUCUACGACAAACGUAUAUGUCUAUGUUGUAGGAAUAUUUUUAAGUAUUUGUAAGACCUAUAUAUUUAGUCACUCUAUAGUUCUAGAAGAAUGAAAGUAUUAACUCAUCGUUUUAAUCAACUUGCCCACUUAACAAGGUAAUUCAAUUAUCAAAGAACAACAGGACCUGCUGCCUGUUACUUCCCAGUUAAGCAAAUCAGAAUGUGUCAUCUUCCACUACGAAUGAUGCUUUCACCUUAUUAAAAAAAUCACCAACAACCACUUGAUAAUUCACGAUAAGAUAGUGCCACUCGAACAGCGAAGGAAUGGAUGCUUUUGUUCUUCGAUCACAGCAUUCAGAGACGGUACGGUGCAACACCUGUGUCAGUUUAAUACCGAUGUAGGUUUGACACACUAUUCUCGCCUUCCGGCUCUGGACGGAGCACUUGAACGAAGAUGUUACUGUUACUAUCAGUGGUAGCCAUUUGCUUUCGUUUAUACGCAUCGCAAGAAUGUUCCUCACCAACGUUCGACUUUAAGUCAUAUUUGAAUCCAGAAUUGUUGGAUCUUACAACACUGCCCAACACCGUGAUUGCUAGCUUCUCGGUAGAAUACGUACAAUCGGCUACGGUUCAAUCGCAACCCAACUACAUCGGGUCCAGGAUCAACGGGACGGAACUGCAGUUUUUCACAACGGAAGCAUUCACGCAGUAUGAAGAACGCGAAAUACAACAAAUCAUUAUCAUUGAAGUGUUCUAUCAGUGUACCUCAGGCUCGAAGGAAGGUCUCUAUCGACAGUUUUUGAAGUUGGCUAACAACCAUGCGCCACGCUUUCUGCAGGACUCAUAUGAAGCGCUAGUACCCUUACCACUGCCCAAACACUUUGAUCUUUCACCGUUCCUUGCAAAUGGCGAUGGAAUAAUGGCGCGGGAUAUUGAUUUGAUAAACAAUACGGUUACGUUCAGCGUAUCCACGAACGAUUACAUGCUCAUUGAAAGUCAUGCUGUGAAGGACGAUGUUAAGCAGUUUAAGGCUAUUCUUCGUCUCAAGGAGCAAGUACUGAAAAUGCCGAAUAAGCUGGAACUCACAGUUACGGCUGUCGAUGCAGGUGUACCUCCCAAGUCGAGUAAAGCUAGUGUUAUCAUCGAACCUGAUCUGUCCAUCGUGUAUGACGAUCCACCGGAGUUUAAAGAAACUUUCAUAAACAGAACUAUUGAAGAAGAUCUUCUCGUACAGCUGGAACUGAUUCCCGGUACUGAAACGAACGAUGUGGAGUACAGUGUUGAAGGAAUGGAUGCCAAAUUCUUCACACAAACGGUUUGGACUAACAACACUGGAAUUGAUUUAAGACUAACCAACCUGCACACUCUUCCUGAGGCGAAAACCUUUCUCAAUGUAGUUGUGGUGGCAAGACGCAGUCAACUACAAAAGACAUCCUGCGUAAUAUUGCUUAAUAUCCCGCCGGACAGCCUUCCAGAACCUCCCAGUACUACUGUGGAGAAAGUUUUGAGCGUGCUACAUUUGAAGGAAAUGUCCACACAUCGCGACAUCUUUCCUCUUGUGUUAGACAGCUGCACGUAUAGCAUACAAUCUCAAACACCUGGUGAAUAUUUCUUCAUAGAAGACACGUCCCUAUCCGCGAAAGCAUUUGAUCGUGAAGAUGCAGAUUUGUUUUCUGGUCUAGAUUUUCCUCAAUUUUGGAUUGUUCUUAAGCUAGCUUGUCCAAUUCGAUCAACGAUAGUAGCGGAAUCGUACAACGUUUCUAACCGGUUAGGUCCCAUUAAGGACAUCGAAUUUUCAACCGAUCUUACUCAUCUCAACAUAAUCGUCGAUGAUGUAAAUGAUAACAGUCCGGUAUUCACGUUCCCAACAAAUAAUGCAUCGUUUGCGUUUCCCUCGCCUCAACUUGCACGAAAGCUUCUUCCAGAGCGAUUGCUCACAGUUGAAGCGAGUGAUCUUGACGAGGGAAUCAAUGCCGUAAUUCGGUAUUCGUUAGCAAUGAAUGAUCAUUUCGAUAUCGAUCCUCACACGGGAGUUAUUAUUCCACUAAAGUCGGCGUUUGUGCACGAAGAAAGUGUUACGCUCGAGAUAUUUGCUACCGAUCGCGAUGGCGCUGAGGAUGGAAAUACAUCAACAAUGAAGCUUCACGUUCAUAAAGUAACAGAUGAGCAACUGGUGGCGUUGACUGUAAGCGAUAUGGAUCCGGACACAUUGGGAAGAACACUUCAGGAGAUUAGCGUCAAGGAAGGCAUUCAAAUGGAAACUGUUAGAAGCGUGUUUUCUGUUGAUGGAGAAUCAUCCACUCUUUACAGUCGUUCAGCAACAGCAACGCGAUACACAACCACAGCUGUAGCAUAUGCUUUUAAGGAGGAUCGACUUCUUUCCCACGAUGAAUUGAAAGGAGUUUUGGAACUCCUGGAAACAAACCACACGGUUAAGGUAUCAAAAAUGAACGAGCUCUACGAUGGAUCACUGACGAUUAUCAUUUCCGAUAAAACCGAGAUCUAUCCUUAUAUCAUAAUAACUGCAUUUUUCGGUACACUUGCUGUCGCCAUGGCAGCGGCAGCAUUUUACUAUCGAGCCAAAACCCGUCACUCAAUUGUAUCAGACGAUUCGUCAACUUUCCCAUCACGAUCCUCAGACGUUUCUGAUGCAAUUAUCGUGGAAAAUGAUCAUAAUGUUUCAUCGAGUACACCUCCAAUGGAAGAUCAUAAAAUAUCCGGAGUCAUCUUAACAGAAUCUGUUGAUAAUCCGCGUUCACUUAGUGAUUUAUUGGCGAUCUCUGAAGAUACGGAAAAUGAAGAUGACAAGACAGAGCCGACGCCACCGAUCCAACAGGAACGUAAAAAGAGCAUAAAGUUUAAUGAAAAUGUUGAGCGAAUUGAAGUGUUCGAUGAUCGAUGAUUCGUAAUCUGUAAUUUAGAUAUUAUUGUUGAUUUGAAUAUAACAUCAUUAUCGUAAAAUGCA